GCCGUGCUAGUUCCUAAAGUUUAAACAAUUGCAUCCCGCCAUUCUAUUCUUAACAUUUUAGUUGCAAGCUUGCUGAUAGAAACCAGGCGGUUUUAUGGAGAGGAUUAUAGCAGCUAGCUAAGUCGUCGCCCCCACUUCUUUUCUUCCCCCGUAUUAGACGACCAUGACUUGGGAUUUUAAUUCCCUCCCUCUUAGCUUUUUGCAAACUGACAACUGGUGGCUAGCUAGCGAGCGAGCUAGCUCUACGUGCCAGGGCUGUUUCCGUGAGCUGCAAUCGUGGUGCGCGCCUAGAGCGAGAUCGAGGCCGCGUCUUCCUCUUCGGAAUAUCGCUACGGUUAACUGCAUCGCAUAAAACCUUCUCUUGAUCAGACUGGCCCGCCGCCUCCAAGAAUCGAGCUCAGAGUCCCAGACUGCUUCUCGUUCCCGGCCUUGGGCGGUGGGGCCGCAUGCUGCCGCGGCGCCGGCCGCAGGCCUAGCGCUGCCGAUUGAAUCGAUCGUCAAUAUAUAGGUGCCGAUCGACGAGAGCUGUUCUGCCGCAGUCGCCAUGAUCGCUGGCAGUGGCAGUGGCAGCCACGACGGCCGGAGCACUGAUGGAUGCUCGUCGUGUCUGCCGUUCUGCUUCUGGGGCUCCAGGGUACCGGCGCAGACAGAGCGCCGGAGGCGUCGGCGUUGCAGGCUCAGGCUCAGGCUCAAGCUCAGCGAGUCCUGGUUCUCGUGGCCGUGGCUCCGGAAGAGACGCGGCGGCACGAAUUCGGAGGCGGCCGGCAAGAACAAGGGGAAGAGCAGGAGGAAGCUGCUGCUUCUGCUUCUCCGGUCGCUGCAGGCCAAGAAGGAGCUCGCGUCCGUCUCGUCGGGGAGCAGCUUCUUAGCGAAGGUCAGCAGCUUCGGUGGCGCCAAGAAGCGAAACCGGAGCAAGCCACGGCAAACGGUCGAUGAUGACGCCGCACCUACCACAAGCUGCGCUGAAGAGACGGCGCCUUCGCAGGUGGUAACGACCAGCCAGCGGUUCCCGAGGUCGGCCGACGGCAUUUGGCGAGCCCCAUCGUCUAGGUUCCACUCGCUCCAGCUCAACCGUGGCGGCGUGGGGCCUUGCCCCGGCGGCAUGUGGACGGCGGCGACGACACUGGGCGUGAUCGUGUUCCUAGGCCGCAUCACCGCGAUGUUCUUCUUGUGCUCGUGCAUGUACGGUGCGCGGUGGUGGUUCGAGGUGGCGCGGACCGAAACCAAGGGCGGCACUCCCGGUGGCGGUAGCAGCCGGAGGCUUGGUCACCGGGUGGCGCUGGACUACUUGUGCGCAGACGAGCACAAGAAGAAGAUAGCCAUGUAUGGGUUGUUGGACACAGCCGGCAGCAAGAGACCGUCCUCACGCUUUUGUAUAUACUAGUUCACUAGUUGCAGUAAUCAGCAGCUGGUGUGGUGCUGUAAAUUGCUGGGUUUUGGAGUGGUUUUGGCUUUGGGGAAAUGGCUGACAUGUUUCUUUUGUUUUUCCACUGUCAACGUUAUAAUUGCGUUUUGAUGGGAAAUUUGUGGAGUGUAGAGAAAUUUCAGGAGCCAACGUUAUGUCGUUCUAUUAGAUACACAUGAUACGUUCUAUCAUGUAUACUGCUAAUUAAGGAGCUCACAAGAUGGCACUCAAUUCCUUUA